AUGGCUGCAAGCGUGACUUCGUCCACAGCAAAUGAUGCAGUCUCUGCUGGAGCUGCGUUUUUGGCAGAAUCAAUGAUCGCAAAGAAGGUGGAACUAGCAGAAGGGUUGCGACUUGCAGCUGGGGGAAGUAUAGACACUUUUCGUAAAGACCGCAAUAAAGUGCCUGUAUAUCGCAAUUUCCUCACCGACGAGUGUGCAAUGAGUUCUUUUGGGGCUGAAUUUGAGUCAUUGCUACAGACAUGCAAACUUUCAGAUGAUGCCACUUUAUUUACUGUGAAUACCUCUUCCAGUGAUUGGUCUAGCUCACCAAUUUUGAGUCAUACCCAGGUCCAUUACGUCAAUUGUGAUCUAUUUAAUGGCUUCAAUUUAGCUCGGUCCCUCCCUUCCCUCGGUGGCCUUGAGCAGGUUAUUUUUCCAUUGCUGGAUCAUGCAACUCGACAUUGUGAUUUUUAUAUCGUCUUCAAGAUGCUGGUCAAAAUACUACGACAAAACCCUUCCUGCUUGGCAGAGUGCAUCGAGUCCAACGGCUACGCCUUCAUUGCUGGACUCCUAUGCACACGGGCAAAUCUUGUGGAUGAAAAGAUGCUUAGAUGCGCCCUGCGUCUCGCUGUUGCAGGAAGAUUAGUACCUUAUGCAACGACCAGUAGUGGUGAGACGACUAAAUGUCUAAAACUAGCUCACCCAGUGGUUGUAGAUUCCGUAGCUUUAUCUCAAGUACUGUUGAAUGGGGUUUUUCACAAAAAGCUGCCACAUCAUCUGCAGUGCCAGCUUGUAUCAUUGCUUAUGGAUUUGCUUGUAACUGCAAAUCCGAACGCAUUGUUUAAUGCUCGUCAACUGCGCCGAGCAGGUCUAUUUCAGUGGCUCCUGAUGUACCUGACAGAGCUGGGGAACGAGCCGUGCGAAAUGGAUCAAGAUGCUGGACUUGAGAUGAAAUGGUGCUUUCCAAAGUAUGCUGAGCCCACAUUUGAAGCAAUUUUACAGUUUGUGCUAUCUCUGCUCAGAGCUUUCUUACGCAUAGAAAGCUGUGUGGACGACUUUAAUGGUGUGGGCGAAAUGCUACUGGUCUCCAUGACAAACAGCGACUUGCAUGCGAAAGAAAGUCCUAUCCGGAUCAUCCUCCUCCAGUUUAUACUUCACGAGAUUGAGAAUGAUACAGCAUAUACUGAAGACAGUGAUUAUCUGGAUGCUAAGCAACAUUCUUCAUCAAAGCGACCAUCCGACACUCUAGUUGAAGCAAUAUUGUAUCGCGACGUUAAAGCCCCUACAAUUAAAAAGCGAGAUGGAUAUCGCUUUGAUGAUGCCAGUAGCCUCGAUGUGCCAUCUUUAAGAUCACCUCGAGCUGAUUGCGUCUCGAAACUUGGAUUGUGUUAUUAUUCUGUCAACGGUAUGGCAGAUGUGUUUCUAGAUGUGAUUGGUCAGGGUCAUGGAACAGGGCUGUGGGCAUCAACGGAAGCUACAUUAACACUACGGAUUCUGUUUUCACUUGCCCAGACUCACUUGAGUUUUGCAGAGCACUUGCUAUGCCAGACGCAUUUAAUGCAAAAGCUUAAGCGAGUGCUGCGAAAAUACAGUACCAACUGCUGCAUGUAUAUUCCGCUGCUUGCGUAUGUUCUUAGAAUUCCAAUUGGUGAUACAAGUUACAGUGACCUUGGUAUGCUCUCAGCCAUUACACCAGGUCCAAAACCAUCGAAUUCAGAUGUAAAUGUGUUAGCGGAUAACGUGUGGGAAUUAAUCGGAGAACAACUAUUACUAAAUUGUCAGUUUAAUAGCAGCACUGCUGCUAGCGAAGUGACUGUAUCUGUGCUGGGAAUUUUUGCAGGUCAUGUGAAAGCAAGCUCGUCCUUUUUUGCAGCAGUUUGCAAAUCAAGCGGAUAUUUGUUUCAAAAUCUUGCGCAUUGUAUAUUUGUUUGUCUGGGCAGUACCCACACUGCGAAUGACUUUACAAGUGAUAUUUGCCAGUCAGAGGCGAAAAAUCCCAAUCCAAGCAAGAGCGUGGUGGAUGGAUCCAGCACGACAAAGUCAUCAAAUUGUGUGUACAAUCCGCUUGAGAAACUAGCUGAACGAAUGGGUGUCGAAACUAGUAAUUCUAUGUCGAUAAUUGAUGCCUGUGUCAAUCUUAUACAGGUCAUAAUGACACAGGCACUGUAUGGCGAUGAGUUUGGGUCUUUAAUAAUGCUCUUUUUGAAAUCACUGGUUGAAACUGGUCUUAAGCAGGACAGGGUCGCCUUUUCGCGUGUGGCAGGACAGAAAUGUUGGUUAGCGCUUUUAAAAUUCGUGCUUGAGAGAGGAAAGGUGCUGAGUACCAACAUUUCUUUAAUUUUUAUGAGAAACCUGAUCACCACAUGCAUUGCCCUCGCUCAAUACUUGACAAGUGAACAAAAUCAUCACGUUGAAGAAUCAUAUCAAGCCACAGACAGCUUAAGGCUGGGAGCUACCCCAUUCACGGUUUCCCAAACAGAUUCCAAAUGUACUGAUGGGAACGCUCCCGCGUGUUUCGGAUUUGAUGUUGUCGUGCUUUUUCUCUCUUGGUGUGAACCGUGUUCUCUGCCUGCAAACGCAAAAAUCAUAGGAGUAGAGCAGUUACAGUUUUUUUACGGGGUGCUAGUAUAUUGCGCGCAGACUGUGAUGCUGAUCGAGCUUAAUCAUGCGCACGGAACGACUUUGUCUUACCCUUCUUAUCUACUAACCUGUUUGAUCGAUUCGAAGCACAUUCUUUUACAACAACCAAAGUGGCAAGGUGUGGUCUGUUGUGGCAUCAAAACACAGAGUACUACUAUUGACGCGAAUGGUGGCCUUGAAUCGUGUCAUGCACCUUCAGGACGUCCACUUCACUUCAUGCAUCGCGUUCGAAGUCUAAGUGCAAAUGCACACAAAGAAUUUAGCAUUGGUGCUGAUUCUGAUCGCUGUUUUGUUUUUGCUCUUUCGUCUGUUCUCUUUCGAAUGCUCAUGGACGAAUCGGCAACUAUUUGCCAUUUUGCGAUUAUGAUGUGGCAGUUUCUAAUUGAUCAGCGCUUUGACGUGCUCAAAGAACUUUUGAUUUUAGAGCCACGGACGUCUGUGUUACAAACGAUUACCUCGUCUAAAAAAGACGCAACGAUUGAUCUCUUCCAUGGUGGCUUUGAUCGGCUCUUAUAUGCACUUCAUAUUCAAGAAAAUUCACAUCUGACUGAUAACACAGAAAGUUUUGGUCCUUCGAUAAACCAAGAGAUUUGGAGUCAAUUUCAACAUUGGAUAGCCGAAUCAAGUACAUUGCUAGACGACGCUAUCAUUUCAAAGUCUGAAGCAUCGUAUCGGUAUAUGUUGGAUGUUCUCUCGGCAUGUAUAGGCAUCAGGCAGGUCUCAGCUGGUACUGGCGAAACAGAGCUAAGUCUUGACUUGAAUAUCUCCUUUCGCACAGAAGAUGAGACAAGAGGUGACGUCUCCGACAGCUUUGAGCCCGGUCGACGCGAAAUAGUUGCAAAGAAAUUAGCUUUAAAAUAUGCAGGUAUUAAAAACAGUGCUCUCAAGUCGAUGAACGAUGGACUUUUAUUGCGGCGUGAUUUAUCGUUACGCUUAGCUAGCACUCGGAAUAUUUGGCAGACAGGAAGGUGGCAAGUCGGGGCUGCGGCGACUGACUUUGCGGCCGAGGUUGAGCUACAAAGAAGCAUAUUUCAACGACAGUCAUUUGGCUACUAUCUUGAUCAAACAGAGGGGCCGAAACGAAUGCGACUAAAACUUUUACGAGACUAUUCAUACGAAGAUCGAAUCUCUACUACACGCGAAGAAGGUUAUAUGGGUAAUGUUGAGAAGGAUAAACCUAGAUACACUGAAAAAUUACCGCAGUCUUCACAUCUAUCUUCGCAAAACGCAGCAGAAAACCGGCUAAUAUGUUGCAGCAUGGAGUUUCACGAUGCAGUGGAAGUUUACAGAGCAGCUGCGGCAGCCAAAAAUUCAGAGGGCAGUGUGCGAUCGCUUCAAAGUAUUCUUGUUCACUGCAGAAUGGAUGCAACACGGCAAUUAUAUGACGACUUGCGAGGGAUUGACCUCACAAACGCAGUAUCCAUACUUCAAAUAGCCAGACGACUUUACGGCUACUUUUUUGAGAAUUCGGAUGGCAAAUCCAGACUCGCCGUAUCGCCAUUGAUUGUGAGAGAUAUCAAUUACGCGAUAGAACAAUCUGUCGAGUCAAUACCUCUGACACUUUUUGGUGCUGCGGAUGCAGAAGCGACCCAAUCUGCCUUGUAUGCCGUACGACAAGAGAAUUCUCAAGCCGUUCACACCGAUUUAGCUGACUGUGAUGGAUCGGACAUUGAGCUUGGUUUUGAGGGUACUGAAAGUGAUGAUUCGGACGACCUUGUUAUGAUAAAGCAAGAAAUACCAAGCGAAAACAGCCCAGAAUGCCAACCCCUGCAACUUUUGGAUGUGUCUAUUGAUACUCCGGUCGAUGACCUUACACUGGAUCCAAUGUCAAAGAAAGUGGACCAGAUAAAGCAGUCAGACAAUUCCUUUGAAGCCAUUUAUGGUGCAAUUUCCUGCUUUCUUCGAAAAGAAGAUUAUCCUCCACUGCGUAGCUUUAAUGCAGCAUAUGUCCAGGGAAUGGGACGAAUUUCUGGUCUUUUUUUGCUCUGUCGCCAUGCGAUUUACUUUAUCAGUGGAUACACAAAGCUGCAUAACAGCCUGGCCUCAAAUCAAUGUAACAGCCUUUCGACCGAGUCGGUGCUACACACAUCAAGCGACAAUUUAUCUGAGAGCAAAAAGAAAAUGACAAAACGACUAAUAAAAGCCGCGUUGGUUGAUUUAAGCAUGCAGUUUGCUCCAUCGAUGAAAAGAGGAGACCAAGCAUUUACGAUCGUCCCUGUACUCGACUUGUCCGUAAAUCCUGAUGAUCCCCUAGCUGGCCAAGUAGCUACGGCAAAAAGUUCGUUUUGGAGCAUUAAGUAUUCAAAUAUCAAGCAAUUUUGUAGGAUGAAGUACCAGUUGCGACCUGUCGGAAUCGAAUUUUUUGAUACAUGCGGAUCAACUUAUUUUUUGCAGCUUGAGACAUCAAUUGAUCGCGAAGAAGUAGUCAAAACGCUUUUUCAAAUGCCAUUAAUAAACAGCAUCUUCUGGAGCCCAAUUCUAAGGACAGGAGCUUUAGUCCCGUCAAUAAAGCGCAUUCGCCAAGCAGUCACAAAGCGAUGGUUACGCGGCCUCAUUACAAACUUUGAGUAUCUCAUACAUCUAAAUACAUUAGCUGGCCGCAGCUUUAAUGACAUCACGCAAUAUCCAGUCUUCCCAUGGGUAAUCGCUGAUUAUACCAGCGAGUUUCUUGAUUUGGAUGCCUAUUGUACAUAUCGUGAUUUAUCUAAACCCAUGGGAGCACUAAGUCCAGCUCGUGCAGCGCAAUUCUGUGAACGGUUCGCAGGAAUGAGCCAAGAGAUGGACACGAAUGGACCUUUAGAGACGCCGGCAUUUCACUAUGGUACGCACUAUUCGUGUUCUGCGUACGUGAUCAAUUAUCUCAUUCGGCUGGAGCCUUUUACGGCUAUGGCACUUGAGCUACAAGGAGGCAAUUUUGAUCAUCCUGAUCGCCUGUUUCGCAGUAUCCCAUCGUCCUGGACGUCAGCAUCGAGAGAUAAUUUACAGGAUGUCCGUGAGCUAAUCCCAGAAUUUUUCUAUCUUCCCGAAUUUCUAUACAAUGCAAAUAAUUGCAAUUUCGGCAAGACUCAAUGUGGUGAAGAUGUCUGGCACGUCAAGUUACCACCUUGGGCUCAUGACGAUCCACGCGAGUUCGUACGAUUAAAUCGACGUGCGCUCGAGUCAAAUUACGUCUCGGAGCAUCUUCACAGCUGGAUUGAUCUUGUAUUUGGGGCAAAGCAGAAGGGUCAGGUUGCAGCUGAUGCUCAAAAUGUCUUCAUGCACUUUACAUACGAGGGAACUGUCGACAUCGAGCAGAUCACGGACCCCGUCAUGCGAGCUGCAACCCUGGCGCAAAUUGAAAAUUUCGGUCAAACCCCGUCACAACUCUUUUCAAGUCCCCACCCUCAACGUAAAGUUCCAAUGCUCGUUUGUACAACAUCAAGCGGUGGAACAAUUGAGGCGACAUCACAGCUGAAUUCCUCCGUGGGUCAUCAGCACGAUAGCAUGUCACUCAGUACUAUUGAAGCAUAUGUCAAGUGGCAUAUUCCACUAGCUCCUGCACUCGUUGCAAUUGGUAAAGAGUAUGUAUUUAUGAAGAAACACUCGGCUCUAUCUGCGUCAGUGAAUGGUGUGGCCAUUGGAGAUGUCAAGCUUGUCCACGAUAAAAUGCAGUGCUUAGGUGUCGGAUGUUGCUUUAUGCCACCCCGAUGUGCAAAGUACUUGGAGUGGGGAAGUCGUAGUGGAGUCAUCAGGCUCUGUGUGUACCAGCAAAGUUCAGGCACUGGUCGAUAUCGCGAAGCCAGUAAAACUUUAGCUGUCAUCGAAGGAGCACAUAAUGAUGGUAUUAACUGCGCGUCACUUUCAGAGGACGGAGCGCUUCUUGUCACAGGAGGCCAAGAUGCGGUUGUCAAUCUAAUUGAGUGCUCCAAAGCUUCGGACGGUCGACGAGUAUUCAAACAGGUGGCAAAGUUUGUCGGCCAUAAUGAUGCUGUUGUUUGCGUCGCCAUCAACACGGAGUUAAAUUUGAUUGCAAGUUCCUCGGCCGAUCGUAGCGUGCUGCUAUGGGAUUUGCGAACGCGCGCGCUCCUUCAAGAAUUAGCCGGCCAUACAGCAACAGUUUGCCACGCUUCUAUCAAUAGUGCAAAUGGAAAUGUACUAACAACCACGAACUCGGAACUACGACUAUGGAGUAUCAACGGAGACCUUCUUGCAGCAUCAAGCUCAGCCACGUUUGGUCUUCAUGAUAUUUCUUGUGCAAUUUCGACUCGUUGUGACUCAUGGCAAAACGGAGUGAUUGCCGUCACUGGACACGUGAAUGGAGCAAUUGCUUUAUGGGGGAUCCGGUAUCUAGUCGAUUUAUCACGGCAGAAGAAGGAAAAGAUAAAAGCAGAAAUUACAGAUGAAUACGCUGAGUCUUCACAAGUAUCAGGACCUAUGAGCAGCUCACCAAGCAGCAUCAACCGUAUGGAUUCUAUCACCUCUCCCGUAUCAAUCUCGAACCAAGACGAUCGGUCGAAUGCUCACACUCACGUGGUGCCUUCGUGCCAGCUAUUUAUUUUAAAGCUGCUUCUUGACCAUCGUUCGAAGAUUACGGCGCUGACUCUCGGUUCCGAACAACGUCAAUUAUUUUCCGGGGAUGCAGAAGGAAAAGUUGCUGAAUUUGAACUUUCUGUGGACUUGGAAUCAGUUGUCGCUCCACAAAACUUUGUUAUAGACGAGAUAUCAAGCCAGACUUCAGUGCGUGACUAUUAUUUGUCCGUGUUCCUGGACACUGUUAGAUUCUCGCCGACUUAUCGCAAGCUUAAAGCCACCGGAAUAUCGUCAGUAUUUCAGCCACUUCGAAUUGUUUUUGACGUUUCCAAGCUAUCAUCCGACCCUGGCUACAAGUGCGAGAAAGUGGGUGAGAUCGUGGAACUCGAUGAUCAGGCGUAUAUCUGCUCCCAGGAAGAUAUACUUACGCUUGCUAAAAAAGAGUUUCUCACCUCGAUUCUUCUCAAAACUAUCGCAAAUUAUUUUGGGAGCAUUCUUUCUGUUCAGCGUGUGGCAGGAAAUCUUGUCGUCAAUGGAUUGUCGUGCUCAAACACCACCGAUUGGGCUUGUUGUCAAAGCUCGAUUCCAGCUAUGUAUCGCUCCAACGGCGUGGCUAACGCAGACUAUUUACUGCAUGUCACAGCUCGUCCGACGACUGGCUCGGUGAUCGCUUGGGCGCUCCCUUGUAACUUGGAUCAAUUUGGUCGACCCAUUUCUGGUCAAGCCAAUUUUAGCCCGGCACGUCUAAACCCUUCCGGAACCAGUGGUGCUAGUCGCGCAGAACAAGUAGGAACGGCUUUGCACGAAAUGACCCAUGCGCUGGUAUUCUCUCAACGCCUUUUUGCCAACUUUCGUCAGCCACGAAAUGGAGCACUCUGGAAAUAUGAAAACGUAGUCGUACAAACACAAGGGACAGGAGGCGUCACAGUAAGUAAAAUCGUUACACCGCAGGUUGUUGAACGCGUCAAACAACAUUUCAAUUGCUUUGACUGGUCGGAUGCUGGACUCGAGCUAGAGAAUGGAGAGAAAGGAGGUGCAUCCUUUAGCUCACACUGGGAGAAGCGCGUUGUAAUGAACGAAUAG